GCACUAUCUACAGCAUGUUUGCGCGCGCGCGUUUCGUAUCCCAACAGCGCAUUUUCAUGAGAGCUGAAGACGAAAACCUCCACUUUCACAAUACAAUAUAUAUCUGCAGAGAGAUGGACAUAAGGAGAAACGAGGAACUCUCCAGCCUGUCCCAAGCAGUCUCACAAGGCCAUAACCCAUGUCCCGGCAGGUCCACUGCACCAGACUAGAAUGUCGUAACAACACCACUUCAAUUCGUGCUUCACAAUCACAUGGACUUAGCGUCUUAUGCGUCGUCUAUUGAACUUAUUUGCAUCUCGAGAACCUGCCAUAUUAUAUACGAAAAUCCGACUUGCGGGAAGCUGCUCAAUAGAAUGGCUGCUGUCCCUCGCACCCCGAAUAGAAGCCUUGCCGAGACCGGCAAGGGAGGGCGGUGUCUUGGGUGAGUCAUUACUGCAUCACAUCGCCAGAACCAACAGGUUAAGUAAAUGGGAAUGGGCAACAGUAGUGCUGUGACACUGCUAGGUCGAGCCAUCUCUUUUUCAUUACCAACAGCGCUUCUGUUCCAAACAAAUACUCUCGGACAUAAUAAUCUCAAUUCAGAUUGCUGAGUGCAUAUAUCAUGGCUCCCGACGGGCGCAAACAGCCACCAUGGGUCGCUCCCCAAGCUCGACCUGACAUCCGGCUGCCCCGACUGAAGAUAUUCAACAGCCUGACAAGAACUAAGGAUGACUUCGUCCCAGUCGAUCCGAAUGGGAAGCUAGUGACGUGGUACGCAUGUGGCCCGACAGUCUACGAUGACGCCCACUUGGGACAUGCGAAAAAUUACGUCUCGACCGACAUCAUACGUCGCAUUAUGAGUGACUACUUUGGCUUCCAUGUGAAGUUCGUCAUGAAUACGACCGAUAUCGACGACAAGAUCAUCCUACGAGGCCGGCGGCAACAUCUGCUCGCUCGCUUCAAGGAUGAGCAUGCUACUGAGGACGAUUCGGUGAACGACUUGAUUUUGGCAGAAGCCAAAGCCGCAUUCAAACACUAUAUUGACAAUCACCUUCCGUGCCUAUCGCCAGAUACGAGUUCAGAAAUUUUUUCCGAGGUAGUGAAAAAGGUGUAUAGGGAAAUAGUUGAGCCUCUACCUCUGGCCGACGCUACGGCAAUAGAACUAGCUCAAACUGUCACUGUCGCCAAUCUGCUGUUGAGAGCACACAUCGGAACGGCGCAGUCGGCUGCUGAGGCGCUUCAAACCCCAGGCAAGCUGUCUGAAUUCCUAACCAAGGCUGAGGAUAUCUUUCUUCCAUAUCUCGAUGCCUUGCAAGGGGCAGAGGUAGACUCCAAUGACCACGAGCUGUACUUGAGAUUGUCCCAAAAGUUUGAACGGCGCUUCUUCGAGGAUAUGAAUGCACUUAAUGUCCUGCCUCCAGACCAGCUAACUCGGGUGACCGAGUAUGUUCACCCGAUUGUGCGCUUCGUUGAGGGAAUUGUUGCGAACGGUUUUGGCUACGCUACCACUGAUGGCUCAGUGUAUUUCGAUAUCGACGCGUUUGAGAAGGCUGGGCACAGCUAUGCCCGGCUAGAACCGUGGAACAAAAACAAUCGUGCUCUUCAAACUGACGGCGAAGGCUCACUUUCCAAUGAGACAUCAUCAAAGCGGAGCGAGGGUCAUUUUGCAUUGUGGAAAGCUAGCAAACCGGGCGAGCCAGCAUGGCCAAGUCCCUGGGGCCCUGGGCGUCCAGGGUGGCAUAUUGAAUGCUCCGCAAUGGCCUCUGAAGUCAUCGGCAAGAAUAUAGAUAUUCAUUCUGGCGGUGUUGAUCUUCGAUUCCCGCAUCACGACAAUGAACUCGCGCAAUCGGAAGCUUACUGGUCGACCCCGGGCUGCCAGGUUCAGUGGACAAAUUACUUUAUCCACAUGGGGCAAUUGAGGAUCCGAGGCCUCAAGAUGAGCAAGAGCCUCAAGAACUAUACGACCAUAAGAGAUAUUCUCUCUGGAAAGGAGUGGAGUGCACGUUCUCUCCGGAUUUGCUUCUUACUUAUGCCUUGGCAAGAUGGCAUCGAGGUGACAGAUGAGCUGAUGAAGGCUGUAGUCGGCUGGGAAGGCAAGCUCAAUAACUUCUUUCUAAAGAGCUUGGAUCUCUGGAAACAUUCAAGUUCCGAGACUAUGACAACAAAAAAGCCUGGAAUCGUAGACCAACAGUUAUUAAUCACCUUUGAUAAGGCGAAGGAAGAUAUCGAUGCUGCUCUUUGCGACUCCUUCAACACUUCAGUUGUCAUGAGGAUUCUAUCUGAUCUCAUUACUGAGUCUAACUCUGCAGAAUCGAUUUCAGACCAGACAGUCAUCUUGAUCGCUCGAUGGGUAACACGCAUUGUCACUAUAUUUGGGUUGGAUCCCGAGGGUGACCUCAGCGACUCUGACCGCAUAGGAUGGUCGGGCCUUGAUAUUCCCGAAGCAGCAAAACCCUAUGUCUACCCUACAUCUGAAUUGCGCGACAAGGUUCGAACCUUGGCUUGUUCCAACUCUGUUGAUCACAUAUCCCUAGCAAGGCUCGCCGACGGAACUAUGGCUACGGCGUCAACACCAGUGGCUGCGGCCUCAAUACCAUACGACCAAGUAUUGCAGCAAUUCCGCACCGACGUCAAGGCCCUCGCGGCCCAAGAAGCAUCAGCCAAAGACCUUCUCACCUUGUGCGACCAGCUUCGCGAUGUACACCUCUGGAAGCUAGGGAUAUAUCUCGAGGACCGUAACAGUCCUCAGCCUGCUUUGAUAAGGCCCCUCGAUAAGUUGCUCAUAGAGGCUCGUGCGGAGCGAGAGUCAGCCAGCGCUGCGAAAGCCAAGGCCAAGCUUGAGCAGGAGGCCAGGGAGGCUGAGAAGGCGAAGGAACUCCACGAGCGCGCCAAACUUGACCCUCUGCUGAUGUUCAGGACGUCGGAGUACUUGGAAUGGGAUGAAAACGGAAUCCCGACCGUGGAUGCAGCGGGGAAUACGGUGCCCAAGAACAGGCGCAAGAAGCUUGUUAAGGAUUGGGAGAAGCAGAAGAAGAGGCAUGAGGAAUGGCUCGCGACGCAAUAGAUAGCAUACAACGAAUGUCAGAAUAAUGGCAAGAUCCGCUUGAAUGAUAAUUUUCAAUUACCUACCAUUCUUUAUUCACGUGGUUGAAUAUCUCAAUCCCACCGUCCGGGUGGAAAGCGCAUUAGAACUCGGCAACUCCCGAGAGAUUCACAUUAUAUACAUCUAUUCUAAUAAACCCUAGCAACCGCUAUCAACUUUG